GCAAUCAUGGCCCCCUCCAGUGGGGACCUGCUAAUGGUUUAGUCGCAGCUAUAAGGAUGCCAUCAAUCGUGCGACUGGGGCGCGUCCAGUUUGUCUGCCCCUCAUUGCCCCGCGUAUCCUAUUCAACAUGAGCCCUAGCGAUAGCUCCAACACCAACACCACCCCCCACCCGAACACGGUCAUCCUCGGAGCAGGUAUCAUCGGCCUGUGCACGGCCUACUAUCUUUCUGAGAGUGGUAAUACCGAUCCAAAGAGCAUUCUGCUGGUAGAUUCGAGUCCGAAGCUCUUUCAUUGCGCCUCGGGCUUUGCUGCUGGCUUUCUGUCUGCUGAUUGGUUUGCUCCCUCGGUGUCCUCCCUCGGCGCCCUCUCGUUCAAACUUCACGCCGACCUCGCAUCUGCCCACGCCGGCCGCACAACAUGGGGCUACGCUCGAUCCACGGGCAUCUCGCUCAGCCAAGACAGCGAGUCAGAGUCAGCAGUUAGUGGCAGCGGCGAAGACUGGCUUGAAAGUGGUACAAGCAGAGCACAGCUAGCGAACCAUAACCGACCUUGGGAAGAGGGGCCUGCUGGGCCGCAAUGGCUGAGGCGAACAAAAGAGGGCAUCAUGGAGGUGAUUAGUAAAGAUGGGACCGCGGCACAAAUUGAUCCCUCGAGGUUCUGCCAAUGGCUCUUGCAGCGGUGUAAAGAAAGAGGCGUGCAAGUCCUUCAGCCCGCAAGAGCGAUAUCUGUGUCCAAAGACGCCAAUGGCACCUUGAAUGGCGUACGGAUAAGCAAAGAUGGCGUCGAAACCGAGAUACAAUGUAACCGCCUCGUCAUCACCUCGGGCGCCUGGUCGCCCCGCGUCUUUGCCACGCUCUUCCCGUCGGUCAACACUCGCAUACCCGUCUCCUCCCUCGCAGGCCAUUCCCUCCUCGUCCGCAACCCUCAUUUCAACCCCGCUGAGCUCGACAAGGAGGUUUGCCAUGCCAUCUUUGCAACAGACACAUUGGGUUUCUCGCCAGAAUGGUUUGCCAGGAUCGGUGGCGAGUUGUACCUGGCAGGCCUGAAUAGUACAAACAUACCUUUGCCCGACGUGGCCACGGAUGUGAAGUACAACGAAAAGGCAAUCGAGCAGUUGAAGAGUUGUGCAAAGGCUAUGAUGUUGGAUGUGGAGGGGAAAGAGUUUGAGGUUUUGAGAGAAAGCUUGUGCUUCCGCCCUAUAACAUCUAGUGGCCGCCCGCUAGUAUCUCGGAUACCUGACGAGAAGCUUGGAAAAAUAAAGACUCGCGGUGGAGGUGAGGGAGGAGUGUUCAUUGCCGCGGGACACGGUGCUUGGGGCAUUUCACAUGCACCUGGCACUGGUCUUGUACUAGCGGAACUCAUCGAGGGCCGCCAGACGAGUGCGAAGAUUGAAGCUCUACGUUUACCUGCUUAGGGUUGUACAGUACACUAAAAGUGUUGAACUGGUGUCUCGACAGAGCACUUCGGUUGGUCGUCACGGUUCUGCUUUAGGACAUACAUAGUGACUUUUCGGG